AUGGCAGACGCAGCAAAAGCUCCAGCAGGAGCCCCAGCAGGAGGUGCCGCCGGUGGCUUCGCAUCCCGAGGAGGAGACCGUGGUCCAAGACGUGGACGUCGUGGUGCCCGUCGCGGUGGAAAGCCAGACAGCGAGAAGGAAUGGAUGCCAGUUACCAAGCUUGGACGUCUUGUUAAGGCCGGCAAGAUCAAGAGCAUGGAGGAGAUCUACCUCCACUCCCUACCAAUCAAGGAGUACCAGAUUGUUGAUUUCUUCUUGCCAAAGUUGAAGGAUGAGGUUAUGAAGAUCAAGCCAGUUCAGAAGCAGACCCGUGCCGGUCAGCGUACCCGAUUCAAGGCUAUCGUUGUCAUUGGUGACUCCGACGGUCACGUUGGUCUCGGUAUCAAGACCUCCAAGGAAGUCGCCACUGCCAUCCGUGCCGCUAUCAUCAUCGCCAAACUCUCCGUUUUGCCAAUCAGAAGAGGUUACUGGGGUUCUUCUCUCGGAGAGCCUCACUCUCUACCAGCCAAGGAGAGCGGAAAGUGUGGUUCCGUCUCUGUUAGAUUGAUCCCAGCUCCCCGUGGUACCGGCCUCGUCGCCUCCCCAGCCGUCAAGCGUCUCCUCCAGCUCGCUGGUGUCGAAGAUGCCUACACAUCCUCUUCCGGCUCGACCAAGACCCUCGAGAACACCCUCAAGGCCACCUUCGUCGCCGUCGGCAACACCUACGGUUUCCUUACUCCCAAUUUGUGGAAGGAUAGAACCCUUGCCAGGAGUCCAUUGGAUGAGUUCGGUGAUGUCCUCAGAACGAAGGCUGUUUACUAA